AAAGCUUUUAGUCAAAAGCCCAUGACCCACAAGAUUCCAUCGAUCAAGCGGUGAGGAUGGACCUCAGUAUUGGCCUGUUUAUUCACUAGUCACACAGUGAAAUUGGGUUUGGGCCCUAUAAGAAGCUGUGUGAGUAUAAAGAUAAAAUGUGACCUGGUGGUCCCCACAGAUCGGGGAAUUGACAAGUGUUAUAAUCAUAACGGAGGAAGACUAGAUCAAUGGAACUUGCUUGUGUGCUUGUGUUAACGCAAUAACAAUACUCUUUCCUUAAAAGGGUAUCCCUAUGCCUUUUAUAUUCUCCCGAAAUACAUAGAGGAGAGCGCUCUCUCUCUCUCUCGGUCGGUUGCUUGCUUUUUAUUGCCAGAGAAAGCCCCUUUGAGGCUUUGAAUACAACGCACGCAUUAGUUUCUUCUCGUCUGGUCCGCUGCGAGUCUCUCAAAGCUUUUUCUUCGCUCUUAUCCUGCGCACCGCAACAGAAAGUCAGAUACGCAGAUACGCAGGGAAGACUAACAGAUAGAGGAAGAAGAGAUGACAGGCGUUUCAGAAGGAGAGAGCGUCACCCUCGAUGAGUUGAAGAGAAAAAUGGCGGAAUUUGCAAAGGAGAGAGACUGGGAUCAGUUCCACAGCCCUCGAAAUCUUCUACUUGCUCUGGUGGGAGAAGUGGGAGAGUUGUCCGAGAUCUUUCAGUGGAAAGGAGAGGUUCCAAAGGGACUGCCAGAUUGGAAAGAAGAGGAGAAAGAACACCUAGGGGAAGAACUUUCAGACGUUCUGCUCUACCUGGUCAGGCUCUCUGAUAUCUGUGGUGUUGAUCUCGGUAAAGCUGCUCUUCGAAAGGUGGAGAUUAACGCUCUCAAGUACCCAGUUAAGCUCUGCAAAGGCUCUUCUAAGAAACACACCCACAUCACCGCUACUCCCGCAACUGCCAACGAUAACAACUGCUGCUGCGAUGGUGUUUAGAGGGUUUGGCUGUUCUCAUGCCCUCCCAUGUACUAACCUUCACUUUGGCCAUCUGGGUUCCUUGUCUUUUGGGGUUUAGAGGGUUUUGAUGGUUUUUUGUUGUUCAUACUUGAUAGAGCUCUUGGGGUUUUAAUUUGCUUUUAGUGUCUGCAUGAACACUAUCUGGGGUGGCGUGCUUAGUGUCAAUUCUGAAAGAUUUUGGGAACUAUUUUGGCAACUGAAGCAAACCCCUCUGGCAGAUGUGGUGGUGGCAUACAGAGAUAUCAAUGAAAAUCCAUGUUUUCCAGAGCUCAAAGAUGGUAUUGCUUAAUGGGUUUCUUUAGGUUUUGGUAAACAUUUGAAUCUUUCAAUGGAAGAGGAAUCAAAAGAAAGAUGGAAAUGUUAAAAAGAGUGAAAAAGGGUUUAUCUUCUUGUUUUGCCAGAUUUGGAAUUUGGAGGUUUUGUGGUUCAAGCUGAAGGAAUGGCCAUGUGGUGGUGAGAGUCCAAGAUCGUUAAAGCUUUUCUCCACUUUCUAGAUUGGGUGCUCAUGGAGUCCAAAGGAAGUCGACAGCUAGAGCCUAGAGCUAUAAAUGUUGAUAUUGACCAAAACUACCCAGCCACCCAGGCUUAAGCCUUUCUUUUCAUUCAUUUUCCUCAACAAAAACUGAUGCCGUUGGAAUGUCAGUAUCCCGUGCUGCUACUCACCAGUGUCCAGCCUCCAGCAACCAUAACCCGGUCAGGGAGGCUUGGCUUGGCUUGGCUGUUUCAGUGUGGAUCAUGGACGGAGGCCGGGCAGCCGAGCCGACCAGUGCCACAUAGCCAACUCGAAAAUGAGUACUUACUGAAUCAAACGGAACUUUUGUUAAGCUCCAGACCUGGUUGCACCGAACCUUCAGUCGUUUGGACGGAAGGACUGUUAUCCUAUCCUGAUUAUUUUAUUUUAACAAAUAAGACAGUUCAGUCUUCGACUCA